UCUGCAUCUGACUGUAUACUGGCUUAAGCACAGAACACAUAUCAUCUGGGAUGAUUAACAUGUAUUGUUUGAACUUUACUGUUAAAUUAUUUAGCUUUUUCAAAUGACAUUGAAAUUGAAUUCAAAAUAAUGUAUCAUCAUGGGAGGCAUUUCUUGUUUUGAACAGGAAGGGGACUGGCAUGGAUUAGAACAGCAGUAAUGCAAGAUUGUGAUUUUUAACACCACCGCUAGAAUGUGUUUUAAAAUGUUGUCCCUUUGAAAUUGUGUCCUACAAUUUCUAACCCCAAAAAUCUAAAACAAAGGAUUAUAAAAUUCUCCAAGGGAGCAAAUAAUUUGCUUUAGGAAUUUAUGAUACAAUCUUGAUUUUCCCCCCCUUUUUCCAGUUUCCUUAUUGCUCCUCUUUCCAAUUUCCCUGUCUCCUGCUCAGAUUCUUCAGUAAGUGGGGGCUUAUUAAUAUCUGUUUCAGGAGUGGUUGGGUGAGGUUCUUUGGCCUGCAAUGGGGAGGAGGUCAGAGUUGAUGAUCAUGAUUGUCCCUUUUGGCCUUAGUCUAUGAAUUUGUGUAUAUGUGUCUUCACCUUUCCCUCUUAAUUUCCAAAGCCUAGAUCUUACCAUCUCUGCUUCUGUCCCUCCUACGGGUUUAGGCUGAGAGGAUGGAUGGUUGUGUUGUAAAUGAUCUGCACUGGGAUUUAGGAAUUCUGGGUUCUAUUCCCAGCUCUCGGCCAUGGAUGGUACAACUUGGGUCAGAUCAUUAAGAGCUUGUCUGCAUGGUAACUUAUUGCGUGGGAAGCUGGAGUGUGACUCUACAGCCGCUAGUUUGUUGUGCACUAACUGGCCAUGUGGACCCUGGCAGUUCUGCAGUAGGGUUUGACAUACUAUGGAAAGUUUAGUGCACGGCAGCAGGCUCCACAGAGCCAGUUAGUGCCCUGCAGCUUCACAUGCUGGCUUGCCGUGCACGGAGUUUCUGUACAGACAAACCCUAGCAGGUCUCCAUACCUCCGUUUCCCAUAUGUAACAUGGAAAUAAUACUGUUUUUCUCCCACUUCGUGUCUUGUUUAUGUAGACCGUAACCUCUGAGCAAGGGACUCUCUCUUACUAUGUGUUGUCUAGCAGUGUUACUCAACAACCAGUCCAUGGACUGGCGCCAGUCCCUGAGAUCUCCCUGACAGAGUUUAAGAAGACAACAAGCCGGCCUCUGGUAUCAAAAAGGUUGAGAAAGGGGUCUUGAGCCACUACUGUGAUACAAUAAUAGUGACUUCGGACCCAAUCUCUGAUUAAAGCACUAAUGGAACCGUACUCAGCAGGGCUCUCCCCUUUUCACAAGGACGUUAUUCGUGUUGCUGACUGGCAGCCUGAUGUCACUCAGCACCUGCAACCAGCCUCCCGUUAUCUUGGUCUUGGGAGAAGGAAUUGUAAGAUGCUGGGAACGUGGAGUUAUCAGCACUCUGGUCUAAGCCCCCACUUCCCCACCUGUUCACCUAAUUUAGGUGUGUGCAGCCAGCUACAAAGCUGCACUCUGGUUCCUGAGUCCUUGCUGGUGCUGCAUUCCCCCAUGUGUGUCACCGACCCUAGGACUUUUCCAGGGGUGUGGCUGAGAGUUCUUUGUGCUGCUAUGUGAUUCUUUCCCUGUGAACUGUGGGAGAAACUGUCCUUCUGGGCACAUGAGGGGGGCAGUGGAGGGAGGGGGGCAGUUGUGGGGCAACAGUGGAGGACUAUCAGCACUUGAGAUAAACAGGGGCGGGGGGGACGUAAUAUUUUUGUUGGUCCAGUAAGAGUGAUUACCUCACCCACCUUGUCUCACUUAUACCCUACAACCAACACUGCUAUCAGCACAUGAGUAACUGCAGCCUCACGGCACCACGGCAGGUUUCCAGCCCAAGUGAAAGCAACACCCAGGUUUCAGCCUACAGCCCCAGCUGGGCCAGCUAACCUGGGAUGAAAGCACCAAUAACUCAGGGCAUUGGGUGACCAGACAGCAAGUGUGAAAAAUCGGGAUGGGAGUGGGGGGUAAUAGCCUAUAUAAGACAAAGCCCCAAAUAUCAGGACUGUCCCUAUAAAAUCAGGACAUCUGGUCAGCCUGUCAGGGCAGGUGGUGGAGCCGAGAGCAAUAUCCAGGUGAAUGCUGCAGUGAAGACAUAGCCUUUGUUACCUGCCCAGGUAGCACCUCCAUUUGUCCCAAGCUGCUGGCCAAGAGUUUUCUCUCAGACUGACACAAUACCAAGAAAAUGUAUUGUCACUCACAGGCAUGGUGGUUUCCUGCAAUCACAGGGGGAAUUCAGGAAACUCACAUGGUGACUGUCACAGGCUGGCAGUGUUUGCCUGACACCCCACACUUGGUUAGCAGGUGUUGCUCUUGCUGUGAAGCUGUGAAGGGUUAAGCAGGUUUUGCUGACUCACUAAUUGAGCAGACAGGGCCUGCGAGAAGCCUCAAGCUGGGACUAAAGGUAGUGCUGUUUUCGGAUUCCCUUUUUGGUCAUACACUAGCCCCACGUGGGGUGACUUUUCAGGCCUCCACACGUCCAUGGUCCAGUGUGGGGGCUCCACCCACUUGCGGUGACCCACUUUUGCUAAAAGCCAGGCGAAAACGUGCACAAACAGUGGGUUUGCAUGGAACGCCAAGCGGGCCCAGCAGCUUGAAGUUACUUCACAAUGGUUUGGUCUCUUUCCUAUUUUGAGGGUUUAUUUUAACUUGUUUGUACAUGCACAAUCAAUUAACGGUGGGUACAUCCAGAUGCAUGUUGCAUAGGCAAUUUACAGAAAGAGAAGCAAAUAAGGCAAAGCUGCAGGACUGAGGCAAUUCAAUUCAUGGAGGAACACUCCAGUUCAGCUAUUCUGACACAGGUCUGCAUUCUGCUAGCCUGCUACGCCAUCAACAAUUAAACUAACUGCAGAAAGGGUCACUGCCUUCUAAUGCUGAACAAGGAACUUUAUCAGAACUACAAAGCCAUUCCUUAGCUUCACUGUAGACCUGCCUAGAAUGUUUCCCCACCCCUGGCUGGCCUAGGUGACAGAUUUAAAGAGACGUAGCAUGCAUAUCCUUGCAUGGGACAAUUUGUUGGUCUUCACAUUCAUUAUGCAAAGUCUGGUGACUUUUGCUCCAAGUUCACAGAGAGUAAAGUAGUUUAAAAGUGCUAGAGAGAUCAUAAGUAACUUGCUUUUUCAUUUGAUUAGAAGCCUUUAAAUCUGACAGGUUUUUUCCCCUUCCUGAAAACAGGGAAAAAAUUAAAGGGACCACCUCAAUUUAAAUAUGGAGCACAAUUUAAACUAGAUUUUUAUAUAAAACUUAAGAUCAAUGGAAAUAUUUUGAAUUAAAAAAUAAGAGUCGGUGUAAUGUUUGGUGCUGCUGGAAAUGAAACUGACUAUACACAAAACUGGGUCACAUCACUGAUUUUAAUUGUCCUUGCAUCGAAAGUGGCAAGUUAAUUGAUUUUUUAAAAUUCUUGUACUUUCAAUAAACAAAAGUAAAGAGAUUAGUUUGUUUGCAAGGUCUGGGUGUUGCCACAUUCAUUUUGCUGUUUUUAUUUCUCUCAUUCUCACUCUUCUGAAUGCAUUUAAUACUGAGUUUUUUUCAGAUGAACUAUUCAUUUCUGGAGGAAUGAACUGAUCCAAGUCUAUAGGAGCUGCAUAUAUUUUCAGAAAUCCAAAGUCACAAAGGUGCAGAACAACAAAUAAGACUCAAGGAAUCAUUAGAUUCUUCUGAUCAGGCAGUUUUAAGUUGAGAAGGGAAAAAAGGUGCAUAGCAGGGAACAAAGUACAGUGUGAUUCUUGCUGCAGUGUUCAGCUUAUUGUAAAUCUCUCCCCCUCCUUCAUCCCUCCGCCCCGGGAAAGGAGUCCUGGCCUAGGUACUGAAUCGGACAAGGUCUUUUCUCCUGGAAACCCAGAAGCAAUGCUUCCUUGGAAGGGAAGAAAGUGACAUGCUAAGGAAGCAGGGAGGAGCCCUCCUCCAUAGAGGCGGGCCCUGGGCAUUUGCUUUGCCGGAGACCGCCCCCCUCCGGUCUCCUGAACUGGUUCCCAAGACCUCCGAGGGCACCAGCUAGAAGGGGGGGAGAGAGAGGAAAAAGCAGCCCACCAAAAGCGCAGCAGGGUCUUCCCUGUUCGUUCCCGAGCCCCUCUCACUACACUAUGCUGGUGCAUCCGAUACCCCGUGCGCGAUUAGUCCUCCUCCUCCUCCUGCCGCUGCUGCUAAUCUUCUCUCCGCUGGCAGUUGUGGUCACAGCAGAGCCCAGGGGGAACAAAUCGGAUGCGAGCGGUUCCCACUUUUAAUAAAGUGAAGUUGGGGGGGGGAGCUCUGAAGUUUUUCUUUUUCCGAGCAGCAGCAGGAGCAAGGGGUGGGGGCGGGGGCGGGGGUGGAAUUAAAAGGGGGGAGGGGAAGGCUGCUCUCUGCUAAGGAACAACUCGCACCACCAUGCAGCUUGUGUUAUGGGCACUGGGAUUAGGAACACUCUUUCUCCACGACGUCUUGAAUGUAGCCACCACAGCAGCGAGGAAGCAGAAGCUGCAUCCAAGACAAGCCCAGCUGUUGGGGAAACUGCGCGAGUUCGAGAUUGUCACCCCCGCCCGUGUGAACGAAUUCGGAGCCCCCUUUCCCACGCACGAACACUUCAAAAGAAAGAGACGCAGUAUUAAUCCUGACACGGACCCUUGGGCCACCGACUCCUCCUCGGCCCACUACCGGCUUUCCGCCUUCGGGGAGCAGUUUCUGUUCAACCUCACGGCCCAUUCUGGAUUUAUCGCGCCACGUUUCACGGUCAGCCUCCUGGGAGCCCCGGGGGUUAACCAAAGCCGGUUUUACAGCGAGGAGGCCAGCGACGUAAAGCGCUGUUUUUAUCGAGGACAUGUGAAUGGCCAGCCCCAGCACACUGCGGUCAUCAGCCUCUGUUCAGGCAUGCUAGGCACAUUCAGGUCUCACAAUGGGGACUAUUUUGUGGAGCCGCUGCUAUCGCCCGAUGAACAAGAGUACGAAGAAGAGCACAAUAAGCCACAUGUGGUCUACAGACACAGUGCACCUCAAAAAGACUCACCAAGGGAAAGGCACACUUGCGAUACUUCAGGGCAUGAAAACAGUCGCAGGAAGGGCAAGAGGAAAAACCAGAGAAGACAAUGGCAAGGAAUUAAUCUGUUCUCGGACGUGGAGGUAUUAAAACAUAGCAUAGCAAGAAAUCAAUUUUCUACAUAUAACAACAAGACUGAGAACACAAGUGAUGUCAAGAUGCACCGAAGAACAAAGCGAUUCCUCUCCUAUCCUCGAUUUGUGGAGGUCAUGGUGGUGGCAGACAGCAGAAUGGUUGCCUACCACGGAGCUAAUCUGCAACACUAUAUCUUAACAUUAAUGUCAAUAGUAGCCUCUAUCUAUAAAGACCCAAGUAUUGGAAAUUUAAUUAAUAUUGUUAUUGUGAAAUUAGUCGUGAUACAUAAUGAACAGGAUGGUCCUUCAAUAUCUUAUAAUGCCCAGACAACAUUAAAAAACUUUUGCCAAUGGCAGCAUUCCCAGAACCACCCUGAAGAAAACAAUCUACCCAAACAUGAUACCGCUGUACUUGUUACCAGACAGGAUAUUUGUAGAGCUCACGACAAAUGUGAUACAUUAGGUCUGGCUGAACUGGGCACUGUUUGUGAUCCGUACAGAAGCUGUUCAAUUAGCGAAGAUAACGGACUAAGUACUGCUUUUACGAUCGCGCAUGAACUUGGCCAUGUAUUUAACAUGCCACAUGAUGACAAUAAUAAGUGCAAAGAAGAUGGAGGGAAAAAUCAACAACAUGUCAUGGCACCAACACUGAACUUCUAUACCAACCCCUGGAUGUGGUCAAAAUGUAGUAGGAAAUACAUUACUGAGUUUCUAGACACUGGUUAUGGGGAAUGUUUACUAGAUGAGCCUGUAUCAAGGACUUACACUUUGCCUCAGCAACUCCCAGGAGUAAUUUAUGAUGUUAAUAAACAAUGUGAGUUAAUUUUUGGACCAGGUUCUCAAGUCUGCCCAUACAUGCAGAUGCAGUGCAGACGCCUCUGGUGCAUCAGCAGUGAUGGAUCUCACAAAGGAUGUCGUACUCAACACACACCUUGGGCUGAUGGGACAGAGUGUGAACCUGGAAAGCACUGCAAGUUUGGCAUGUGUGUCCCCAAGGAGCGAGAGGUGCCAGUAACCGAUGGAGCAUGGGGAUCGUGGAGUCCCUUUGGAAGCUGUUCAAGAACCUGUGGUGGUGGCAUAAAAACCGCGGUUCGAGAAUGCAACAGGCCUGAGCCCAAGAAUGGUGGGAAAUAUUGCGUGGGUCGUCGAAUGAAAUUUAAAUCCUGCAACACUGAACCAUGCUCUAAAGUAAAGAAAGACUUCCGAGAUGAGCAGUGCGCUGACUUUGAUGGGAAACAUUUUAACAUUAACGGUCUACCUCCUAAUGUGCGUUGGGUUCCUAAGUACAGUGGAAUUUUAAUGAAAGAUCGGUGCAAGUUGUUCUGUAGGGUAGCAGGAAACACAGCCUACUAUCAGCUCAGGGACCGAGUUGUUGAUGGCACCCCUUGUGGCCCAGACACAAAUGACAUCUGUGUGCAAGGACUUUGUCGGCAAGCUGGCUGUGAUCAUGUGCUAAAUUCCAAGGCAAGGAGAGACAAAUGUGGCGUUUGUGGUGGCGAUAAUUCUUCAUGCAAAACUGUUGCAGGCACAUUUAAUACAGUGCAUUAUGGCUAUAACACUGUGGUACGCAUACCUGCUGGUGCUACAAAUAUUGAUGUGCGACAGCACAGUUACUCAGGGAAACCAGAAGAUGAUAACUACCUUGCCUUAUCAAACAGCCAUGGAGCCUUCAUCUUGAAUGGAGACUUUGUCGUCAGCAUGUUUAAAAGGGAAAUCAAAGUUGGGAAUGCUGUGAUCGAAUACAGUGGCUCAGACAAUACAAUCGAAAGGAUUAAUUCCACGGAGCGCAUUGAGCAAGAAAUCAUUCUUCAGAUUCUAUCAGUGGGUAAUUUAUAUAACCCUGAUGUUCGAUACACAUUCAAUAUCCCGAUUGAAGACAAACCUCAGCAGUAUUACUGGAACAUCUAUGGCCCGUGGCAAGCCUGCAGUAAACUUUGCCAAGGGGAAAGAAAAAGGAAACCCAUUUGUACGAGAGAAUCUGAUCAACUCAUGGUGUCAGAUCAAAGAUGUGAUCGAAUUCCCCAACCUGCUCCAGUAACUGAGCCUUGUAGCACAGAAUGUGAAUUAAGGUGGCAUAUUGCUAGAAAGAGCGAGUGCACUGCGCAGUGCGGGCUGGGAUACCGAACGCUAGAUGUCUACUGCACAAAGUACAGUAGGUCAGAAGGGAAGACAGAGAAAGUCGACGACCGAUUCUGCAAUGGCCAAACCAAGCCAAAUACUAGGGAAAAAUGCUUUGGAGACUGUAAUGUAGGAGGAUGGCGUUAUUCAGCCUGGUCUGAUUGCUCUAAAAGUUGUGGUGGUGGCACAAGGAGACGACGAGCCAUUUGCGUUAACACCCUCAGUGAUGUACUGGAUGACAGUAAAUGCAGCCAGCAGGAGAAGCUCAUUGUAGAGCACUGUAGUGACUACUUGUGUCCACAGUGGAAAACAGGUGACUGGUCAGAAUGCUUGGUAACCUGUGGGAAAGGGCACAAACAUCGCCAGACUUGGUGCCAGUUUGGAGAAGAUCGACUAAACGACAGGUUUUGUGAUCCGGAGAGUAAGCCCAAUUCUGUGCAGACCUGUCAGCAACAGGAGUGUGCAGCGUGGCAAGUAGGACCUUGGGGACAGUGCACAAUGACAUGUGGGCAGGGCUACCAAAUGAGAGCAGUGAAAUGUGUCAUCGGUGCGUAUGUCUCAGUAGUGGAUGACAAUGCGUGUAAUGCCGCUACGCGGCCAACAGACACACAGGACUGUGAAAUAGCAGCAUGUCCUCUCCAUCCAGCUGCUCCAGAAACGAAAAGAUCUAUGCCCAGCAUUCACAGGACACAAUGGAGAUUUGGAUCUUGGACACCCUGCUCUAUGACAUGUGGGAAAGGUACUAGGAUGAGAUAUGUCAGCUGUCGUGAUGAUCAGGGCUCAGUGGCUGAUGAAGCCGCCUGUUUUCACCUCCCUAAGCCUUCAGCGACAGAAGUGUGCUCCGUAACGCCGUGUGGACAAUGGAAAGCCCUGGAGUGGAGUUCUUGUUCAGUGACAUGCGGCCAAGGUAAAGCAACGCGGCAGGUAGUCUGCUUGAAUUUCAGCGACCAGGUGGUUGAUAGAAGUGAAUGCGAUCCAGAUGAUCUCCCGGCAAUGGACCAGGAUUGCUCUGUCUCUUCCUGUCAGAACACCCAUGACUCCGGCAGGCCAAUCCACCCUUUCCCAUACCCGGAGCAUCCACCGAAACCCCACCCAGGGGAAAAUCUAAAUCAGAAUGCUGGCCCUGCGCACAUACCAGGAGGCAACCAGUGGAGAAUUGGCCCAUGGGGUGCUUGCUCUAGUACAUGUGCUGGGGGAUUCCAGCGGCGGGCUGUGGUGUGCCAGGAUGAAAACGGAUAUACUGCAAGUAACUGUGAUGAGAAAGCAAAACCUGUUGAGCAGAGAUCAUGUGAAUCUGGCCCUUGUCCUCAGUGGGCUUAUGGCAGCUGGGGAGAGUGCACAAAGUCAUGUGGUGCAGGAACAAAAACAAGGCUUGUGGUGUGCCAGCGCCCUAACGGUGAAAGGUUUCCCGAUCUGAGCUGUGAAAUUCUCGACAAACCACCAGACCGUGAGCAGUGCAAUAUGCAGGACUGUCCUAGAGAUGCAGCCUGGAAUGCUGGUCCAUGGAGCUCGUGUUCUGCUUCUUGUGGACGGGGACAUAAACACCGAAAUGUGUACUGCUUGUCAAAGGAAGGAAACCGCUUAGAGAACGAUUAUUGCAAGCACCUUGCUAAACCGAACGUGCAAAGAAAGUGUAGAGGGGGCAGAUGUCCGAAGUGGAAAACGGGAGACUGGGGACAGUGCUCCGUGUCCUGUGGAGGAGGCAUUCAGCAGAGAAACGUUUAUUGCCACACGGGCACUCAGAAAACAGCCAGGGAGACCGACUGUUACCAAUUCACAAGACCAGUCUCUGAACAGGAAUGCUACAUUGCUGAAUGUCCCCGUUACAGCUGGGAAAUGGAGGAAUGGCAAGCUUGCAUGAAAACGUGCGGGGAAGGGUCCCGGUACCGGAAAGUUGUGUGCGUGAAUCAGAAUAACCAAGAGGAGGACAGCGUGAAUUGUGAUGCGAGCAAGCGCCCCUCUGAUAGGGAGAGCUGCAAUUUACCGCCUUGCGAGUACAUCUGGAUUACAGGGGAGUGGUCUGAGUGCUCUGUGACCUGCGGCAAGGGCUAUAAGCAAAGGUUGGUCUCAUGCAGUGAAAUUUACACCGAGAAGGACCAUUACGAGUACGGUUACCAGAAUACAGACAACUGCCCUGGCACCCAGCCACCAAAUGUCCACACAUGCUACCUUGGGGAAUGUCCAGUUUUGGCAACGUGGCGAGUUGGCAACUGGGGAAGCUGCUCGGUGACUUGUGGCAUUGGAGUGAUGCACCGAUCAGUGCAAUGCUUGACCAAUGAUGACCAGGCGAGCGCUUUGUGCCAUGCUGAUUUAAAACCGGAAGAGAGGAGGACGUGUCACAACAUCUAUGACUGUGAAUUACCAAGCAGCUGUCAAGAUGUUAAAAGACUCAAAGGUGUCAUUGAAGAUGGUGAAUAUUACCUUAAAGUAAAAGGAAGGAUAUUAAAGAUAUAUUGUGCCGGGAUGCAGACUGACAGCCCAAAAGAGUAUGUGACACUUGUCAGUGGGUAUGCGGAGAAUUUCUCUGAAGUGUACGGCUACAGAUUACAUAACCCGACUGAAUGUCCGUAUAACGGGAGCAGACGAGAAGACUGCCAGUGUAGGAAAGAUUACACAGCAGCUGGUUUUUCUGCCUUCAGCAAAGUCAGGCUGGACCUGAACACAAUGCAGAUAAUAACAACUGAUUUACAGUUUUCACGGACACACGAUGGACGACCUGUUCCUUAUGCCACUGCGGGGGACUGCUACAGUGCAGCCAAAUGCCCACAGGGUCGCUUUAGCAUUGACCUUUACAAAACAGGCCUUUCGCUAACAGAAACAGCAAAAUGGAUCUCGCAAGGAAAUUACGCAGUGUCGGAAAUCCAAAAAUCCUCAGAUGGUACCAAAGUCAUAGGGAAAUGUGGUGGUUACUGUGGAAAGUGCACUCCGUCAUCUGGAACAGGCCUCGAGGUUCAAGUGUUGUAGCAAUGGUUUUCUGAAAGCAGGGAGAUGAGAUGGAUGAAGGAUAGUGUUGCAAUACCUCCGCCUUCUACUUUUGUACUUGUGUGCGUGUGUGUGUGAGUGUGUAUGUAUAGAUAUUGUAUAUUCUUAAUGAUGUAAAGUAUAAUAUUUAUGGCUGGAAUUAUUUAUUUUGAUUUAAUAUUUUUGUACGUAAAAUGUUUAUAUUAAGGCUGCUUUUACUGUUUUUUGUGUUAAACCUUGCAGUCAAACCACUGCAUUUUACGUACUCUACAUUAUAUGUAGCAUUAUGACAAAAGUGAUACUUCAUUGUCACUGUACUCAGUUGUUUACUUUCAAUCAGUAAUUUGUCUUCUUGUUACAGGCUGCUUUGCCCUUUCAAGGUGCUACAUAAUUUGCAUAGGGGUAUUUUUGGCAUUUCAGUACAAUCUUUUUAUAAGGAAAAUAGAGCAGGUUGGGAUUUUUUGUUUGUUUUUUUUACUUACUUAUUAGGCAGACAGCACUAAGGGAACAUAUGAAGAAUGAAUAGAGUGUUUGCUGUAUUAUCAGUCACUAUCUUUUAGGUAUAUUCUUAAUUUCAUAUGACCUCUGUGGCCAGUGCUAACAGUUGCUGGUUCGGUGCUACCACAAUGUAUGUAUUAAUUCUCUGUAGCUUUAGACCGUUAGAUACAGUGCCACCAUAGAUAAAAGGGGGGAAUGGAUCGAUGAGCCAAUUAAGACAAACUAAGGUCUAACCAAACCUAGGAUCUCACCCUGCUAAUGGGUCCAAAACUUGAAACCCAUUUUUAAGGCUCACAAAAUCUUGGUUACAUUUUUUAAAUUAGUAUAUUCUAAUUGCAUCAGCUGUGGAACUUCCUGGUUCUGUCCGGAUAUGGGGUGCUGGAUUUGUCCAAGACAGUCUGAUUGGGCCAUAUGAUCCCAUGACAUGUAUGCUGAAAAGCAUAGCAAAGUCUGCCACAAAAUCGUAAGCCAAACCCACCUACUUCGCAUUAUGCUCCUGCCACCUUGGGACAUCAAGCCUCUAAACAUCAUCUUGGGAGUGGGGUCUGUGAAAAUGUGGGAGGGGUCAUUGAGCAGCCAGGACACGCUGGAAAAACAUCCUAUUUUACCAGGCAAUGUAUAAGUUACUGUUCUGGGCCGCAGUAACUCAGUAUCAGCAGACAUCUGCAGGGCUUCCGUGGAUUUCUAUACAUACAGGGCCAUCUGCAAACAAGAGUGGAUGAGUAAGCUUCAUCUCAGACUUACAAGGUGUUUCAAUCAGAUCACUUUGUAUGUGCAAACACCCGGCCCCACUUACACGCACUGGUUAAUAUACUAGUGCACCGCUUUGCUCUUCCCCAGCAAGGCAUCUGUGCUCUUUGGGUUUCUUCCAUCCAGGCACAACUGAUUCUGUAGUCCUUGUUCAAGAAUAGCUCCCACUGGAGUCAAAGUUUGGCUGAGUAAAGACUGCAGAAGUGGUCUUUGUCUGUAUGUCACCAGCCUUGCUGCCUGUUACAUGUAGACCAUCUACCCAGUACAUCGUGUGGUGGCGACUCUGACCCCUAGUUCUUUCCCUACAGUUUUACUACGCGUAGGAGCAUAUUGCCCAUUCUCACUAUUUCGGGUGUGAUCAGAAGCCAGGAACUCUCAGGAACAGUAUGGAAGGGAACAUCAUGGGACUUUCAUCAAUGUGUGAAACCAAAGAGUAUAUCCAAAAAUUUGGAUAAAUACCUAUACAUUGAGGUGCACAUACUUACCAAACCCAACCUCAGAACCUUUUGAGAUCCUGUUAACCUGCAUUAUACUUCAGCCAUCACUAAGGCGAGCAAAUGUAAUCAGUUUGUUGAAAACUAUAGUAUCAAUAAACUACGAUCAUAGAAACAUGGAGUUGGAAGGUACCUCGAUAGGUCAUCUAGUUCACUCCCCUGCACUAAGGCAGGACUAAUUGUUAACUAGACCAUCCCGGGCUGGGUCUAAUCUGUUCAUGAUCAUGUCCACUGAUUUGUAAUCCAUGCCUUUGCUAGGCUAUUAUCAGCAUCUUUAUUCUGCCAUUUAAACUUGGUCUGUUUUAGAAUGAAAAUUUCUAGCCAGAUCCCCAGUGGGAAUAAAUUGGCAUCGCUCUAUUAAAGUCAACAAGAUUAUGCCAAACCACCACUCAGAAACUCUGGCGUUCGCCUACUUUGUCAAAUGCUGCCUAAGAAUUCAUGCAUGUAAUAUUUUGGAUCCAAAAAGAAGAUACAUUAUCCCAUAUGCAUUUUGCAUUUUAUAUUUCACCAAGUAGUAGGAUGUGGUCAUAUGACAGGCAGACUAAUAGUUUAUCACCAACCUGGGUUGUAUGUAUAUGAGUAAUUGUAAUGAAAUGACACCCACAAUAUUUUUUGAGAAAAUGCCAAAAAUACCAUUUCAAAGUAUGUUUUAUUUUAAAAAAACAGGGUGAGGGGGAAGAGGGAGAGUAGCUAGGAAAUUAUGAUUUUGUGAUAACUACUCAUCAUUAAAGCUUCUGUCCUGUAGGGAAAAAGGGAAAAUUGCACUAACUUUAGGAGAAAAACAAUGGUGCUCAAUUAAUGUUUAGACAGUACAGGCUGAUUUUAUUUUCUGUAAUGAAGUGAAUGAGUAUUUAUAAAAAAGAAAUAUUAUUUAGACCUGUACGCAUUCCUUUCUACCAUGUCGUUUAAUAACCACUGGCAACAGAGGCAGGAGAAACCUAAAAUUAUGAAAUAAAAUGUAAGGGAAUUAUUUAUAGUUACUUAUCUUUAGAAUCACUGGUAGAUUUAAAUAAGUUAGAAAACAAAGGUGGGGACCACUGAGAUAUUAGUUCUUGUGAAGUAAAUAUAAUUAUAUUUUUUGCUGUACCAAUGCCAUUAUUUUUCUAAAAAUUGUUUUUU